AGCAAACCACAAUGGUUUACGUAGGCCUUGGCUAUCACACCGCGUAGCCUACGUUCAAAUGAGCUGAUUCACUGUUGAGUGUACUGCGCCGAUUCCAAAAAAAUAUCAACUCUGUCCAACGUUGUUUAUGUUGCGUGUCACAUCCAUCGAAAGUUCGAAAGGGAAUUGAGUGAGAGAAGCAAGUCCCAAACUGUAACAAAAAUCUGUUUUCUCGUAUUUGCUUCCAUGAAGGAAGUUGGGAGUGUUCUUGUUUUCAGAACCUCGUCAGCAGGGUGCCUUCCAACAAGUAACUGCUAAAGACAAAGAUGCCUUACAUUUCAAAUGAUGGUCAAGUGUUGGAGUCCAGGUCUCCCUGGAGACUCUCAGUCAUCCCUGAGAUGAUAUGGGGCCUGAUCAACUUUAUAGUACUUUUCUUCCAGACAUUGAUAAAUCCUAGCAAAAACUCUAAAGGGGAUCGCUACACAUCAGAGUAUCGAAGACCGGGAGGUGGAGGCCCUGGUGGGGGAGGACCACGGAGGAGAAUGGGCGGCGUCGGCGGACGAGGGGGAGCACCAGGACCACCCCCAAUGGCAGGAGGUGGAUGAGGUCGGUAAAGGGCAUUAGUCUCCCAACAGCUGAACAGGGUGCCAUGUCGAGAUUCAUGCCAGCAGUUGCAAGAUGUUUGUGCUAGGAACUGAUUGAAUGAAUGAGCGAAUGGGUUAGUGGAUAUCCGUAAGCAAAGUUUAUGAGAGACUGAUUGAGUGAUUGAGGUUGAAUAAAGAGAUAAUGUGCAACAGACUUUUCUAGACUAGAGAGGUUGAAUGGACUUAAAAGGAUAGAUGAAGAAUAAAUGAGGUAUUGAGUUUACGAAGUCUCUGAGAAAAUCAGGGCCUGUGAAUGUGUGGAUGGUUGUCAUGAAUUUCUAGAUAUCGGCAUCCUUCAGCUGUGACUAAUGCCUUUGGAUCCCCCCCCUUUUUUUUUGGUCAGUGAGGUGUCAGCAUGUUUGGUAGUAGACUUCUAUUGUUCUGGAUAUGAAACUUAUGUAGGUCUAUAUGGUCAACAAGAUUUCUGUUUUCUUCCUUAUGUCAUGGAACUAUUUGUGAGAGAUCUAAAAGCUAAGCUGUAGCUACUACUACAUAUCUUGAUGCCUUUAACUGACACUUUGAAUAUGAAGAUGCUUGCCACUUUUUACGGCAACUUAUGAUAAGAGAUCUGUCAACUUCCAAUGAAGAAGUAGGGUUUCUUUGAUCCGCAGUCUUGAUGUUCAGGGAUACUUCCACAAUCAUUUUUUUUAUUGUGCUUUUUAUUAUUUAUUUCUUGACUAUGUUCUGUACAUAAAUGUCCCAUAAUGUAUACUUGUGUUAUUUAUGACUAAAUACAUUUUUGUUGUGUAUAAAACUGCUGAGUGCAAUGUCCAUCUGUAAGUGUUCUUUUUUGCCCAUGAAAUUUAUUUACCAGUGCUUGUGAUGGUUCGUUUCAUUUUCAUUGAGUGAAGGAUGUAUGGGUGCAGAGAACUCCUCUGUAAACUGACAAAACACUUUAAAAAAAAUUCCCUGCAGUUUUGAGAUGAAAAGGCUUUUUAUCAGGGUAACCAUUUAAAAAAAGGAUUCUUCCAAAAUUGGAAUUAUGAUUUAUUAAAAAACUAGUGACUGUUUCAUUUUGCUAUUUUCACACAAUUAGAGUAAAUGAUCAGGCUUUCGAUAUAGCAACUAAAAAAAAUUGGCGCAAAAUUUAAAAAAAGGUGUUUUGUCAGUUCACAGCAGGGCUGUUAUGUUAGUUGUACAGUUUGAUUCUACAUAAAACCAAGGUUGAAAGCUUUUGAUCAAGCUGAUACAGUGAAUGUCUGCAGCAUUUGAAAUUUCAUUGUGUUUACGGCUGAAUUUCUAGGUGGUAAGUAAAGCCCAGUGAGUUGUGAGCCGCCCCCCCCCCCCCCCCCCCCAUCUCUGAGGAUAAAAACUGGCAGGUCUUUCUUUGUUUGUUUUUUGUUUUGAAAAAGGGGGGUUGUGUCAAAGGGGUUGAUCUCUUUUGAUUACUGUCCUGGGAAUGCAGGCAUUCAGGGGAUGAGUUUCAUGUUUGAAAUAUGUGGCCUUGAGUAUUUUUCAGGGUUUUAGAGAUUGCCAUGGAGCACAUGAACAUCUUUGACUUGAGUGCCCAUGUAAUAGUAUUGAGAAGCAUGGAAUUUGACUUGAUUUUUGUAAUUUGUACAGAUAAGAUUCAUGCCAGCAUUUGCAAGAUUUAUGUUAAUUAAAAGGGUGCUAAAAAUUACAGGUGUAUGUAUGAAUGCAUGCUUCACUUCUUUCAUACUUUGAGCUCAGUACUCUCUCAGUUUGUCAGCAGGGCACCAGAUUCUGUGUACUAUGAAUCAUGAAUUGAGCUGCGCAUGUUUUACAUGUAUGUAUUGUGUUUGUUGUUUGUGAGGAGGGGGCGAGUAUAUAAGGGUCUGGUCUUAAUUUAGAAUUUUUCCGAUAUUGUAAAAUUGAUAUCUUCCGUUUUUAUACAAAUGUAUGUAUUGGUUUACAUUUGUUCUAUGAGUCUUUGGUCCUGUUAUUGACCUGUUUUUUUUUCCUUCUGUUUCAUGGUUAGUAGAUCCAAGAGGUAACCCCUUCAUGACAGCUCACAUACACCGUAUGUAGAACAAUGUGGGCCAAGAUGCCAUCCCUCUGUAUAUUGUAGGCCUUGAAGUGCUUCAUAACAUUCACAGUAACGUCUGUGACUUCAGUGGCCAGGCCAUAGUAUGCGCUCAUUAUCACUGGCACUGGCAACUUUAGUCGUAGACUCAACCAGGCACACUAAAUUUUAUAUAAUUAGAUAAAGAACGGACCCACUGCACUGAAGUAAAUACCAAAGGAAGUCACUCUGUACGAUAGCUCACUGUCCUGGCUAGCAAAAAUUGGGUGCAAAAAAAAGUUGAACAAAUUUUAUGCCCCAAAGGGGUAAGAAAGAUGUGCUGCUGGCUCUUAUAGCAGACAUGCCAAGUACUCUGAUAAAAUUGGAGCCCUCUAAACUUUUUUGCCAAUCUAUGGAAAUGGAAGAUCUUCAAUCGGAUUUGCGUAAAAUCUGAUUUUUUUUCUUGAAUUUAGUUUCCAUCAGUCUUGCACAACUUCAUUAAUGACGUUAAAAUACAUGUUUAUUUGCAAUAUUUGCGUGAUUUAAAUGACGAAAAAAUAGGCCUACAUAUUUUUAUUGGCAUAUGUUUUAACAAUUUACGCAUUUAUUCCUCGAUCGAUUUAUAAUGUAAUCUGAAUCUACUGCGGUUCUUGAGAUUUCUGGGGAGAAUUCUGUGGAAAACUCCUUGUUUUGGUCAUGGAGGGGUAGGCAGAUCUUCUUAACGGGUCAGGUUCUUUAACACUUCCUGUUGUUUACUUACUUACUUGACUGGAGAAUAGGCAUCACUGCAGGUGACACAAUGCUAUAGCUGCUCCUCCCUCCUCUCCAGGAUCCGUGAAAGGGUGUAUUUGCUGAUCGUGCCAGUUAUCAGCUAGUUGGAUAUUUUAUUUACAUUCAUUUCCCAUAUUAUGCAUAAUGUCUUAGAUCCUGGUGAUGGUGUAAACUGAUUGUCAUUGUUGUAAAUUACUUUUGAAAUCCAGGAGCAUUUGAUAAUUUUAAAAAUAUAUUUGAAAGUUCCUCAGCAAAGGAGCAUUGGACUGAUGAAAUAUGAACAAGGUUAUUUUGAAUAAAACAUGUGAUGUGAACUGCA